AUGAAGUCUCCAGAGGCUGUCACCGAGGGCAAGUGGAAGCCGGCCCCGGGCAAGUACGAUCCACAGAAGCCUGAGAAGCACGUUGACUGUCUGCAGAUGACUCCCGAAAACAAGGAGCUGCAGACUGAGACCUUACUCCUUUCCCACGCUGUAGUCUGUGCACAUGGCACCAUGCCGAGGCCUGUCACCGUGGGCAUUACAUGCACGGCAGAACUUGCUGUUGCCGUUUGCCAGGGCACACAAAUGGGACCAGGGUACUACAGCCCCAACUUCGACGUCAUGGAGGCUACGCCCGAAGAGUUUUUGCGCGCGGCAUCCCGGACUAUGGUGGUAGCUGCUGCUGCCCUGGGUGGUUUCCUCGCCUGCGAGGCUCUGCACCGGUGGCGAAGCCGAAGACAGGAAGUGGCAAAGCCCCAGAGGAGUCCGGGUCACGAGGACUCUCCUUCUGUGGAAGCUGCGCCCGAAGCAAACGAGCUACCAGUUGCAGCUCCCCAGAGCAGCCACAGCGAAGAAAGCCACGUUGAAGUCGCUCCCGACAGAGACGAGGCCCGGGCAGCCGAAGCUCCUCAAGCGACUGAACUUCCCGAACGGACGUUUGGUUUGAGGACACUGCUGGAGGCGCUACAGGCAUCUGAGCGGGUAAGCACUCCUAGCAUCGAGGGUCCCUUCCAGCUGAAUCAAAGUGAGGAGGUGCCUCUUGUUUGCUUUCAAUUCAAGAUGUCUCACUUCGUUUGCAAGGCCUUCCUGGCUGCUGGAGCCGACGAAGGCACGCGCCAUCUGAAGCUUCAGACCAUAUUCGAGGACAACCGGCAGGGGCUCGUCGAAGAGCACAGGUAUUUCAUGGCGAACGAGUGGAACUCGAGCAAAGCGUGCCCGAUGCAAGUGUGCUUAUGA